AUGCUGUUGCCAUCGCUACAGUCUUGUCUGCUGGCACUUGCCGCCAUCUCGACGACGGUUCAAGCACAGUCUGGUAAGCGCAAAACUGCACGAUUUUGUUUCAGCGCUGGAACUUGCAGAGUUCGCAGUCGCCCAGAGUCCUCCGCAAGCGCCGCAGCCCGAUCUAAUCCGCUUCGGUUCGGGCGAGCCAGUCCGCGCGAUCAAACCCAACCAGUUCCAAAUCGAACUGCCAAACCUCUAUGAUCCGUUGAGAGAGGAACGGCCGAAAAGAAAUAAUCAUGCAGGAUACAUUCGCCAUCCGACGUUCCAAGUGCCACAACAGCCGAUCCAACAGUUCCAGCAGGCUGGACAGGUCUACGUUGCGCAGGUUCUCUCAAGACGGCAGAGAUUGUUCUAGAGAUGAACGUAUUUCAGCCGAACCCGAAUGUAGUCAGCCAGUAUCCAUUCCGACCGGCGCCAGUUGUCCGGCAAUAUGUCAUCCCACAACAGUUCCAACAACAGCAGUACUUCCCGCAACAGCAACAGCAGUACCGGCCACAACCACAGUUCCAAGUGCCCCAGCAACAAUAUCAGAUCCCUCAGCAGCAGGCACAGUUCAUCCAGCCGCAGCAGCCGCAGUAUCCCCGAUUCGAUCUCCGUCCUCAGCCCGUGCGCCCGGUCCGCCCCGUCUACAUCGUGGUAACUGCGUGCUCCCUUCUGCUCUCACUUCUCUUGUCUCUGUCCUUUCCAGCAAACACCCGCACCACCUCGUCCUCCAGUUGUCCGUCCGUACCUCGUCGAACGGCCACAGGCGGCUUAUGGAGAUGAGAAUGAGGACUCCAACUCUUUGAAUGUAUGCAUGUCACUUCACAUAUUUCAUACGCACUCUCCAAUUUUCCUUAUCCUUUCCAGGCCCGAUUCAGCCCGGCUCCGGUUACUCAGGGAUAUUCUGAGAGACCACCGGUCACUCGGCCGUACAUUGCGCCGACGACCGCCCGUCCGGCUCCUUACAUCGAAGAGCCAGCCCCACCAGCGCCGUACAUUGAGCCAGCCCGUCCAGCUCCAUACAUCGCGCCCACAACCGCUCGUCCACAGCCAAGACCCCAGCCACCAAGAACUCGUCCGUACGUUGUGCCGACCUCUCGUAGACCUGCUCCAGCCACCACCACUGCCGCUUACAUUGCUCCAGCCACCACCACUCCAAGACCAACUCCAAGACGUACCACUGUAAGAAGAGAUCAGUUUCUGUUCGGGUGCACUUUAAUAAUUAACUCUCAGGCUAGACGAAUAAUCACCACCACGGCUGCCCCCACAACUAGACCGCCUCCACCACCUCCACCACCGACUACCACUACUACGCGAGCAACCACAACUACUCAGAGGACCACCACCACGCCAAUACCAACCACCACGACGCCAAGACCCACUACCACGAGAAGAACGACUGAACGAACGACUACUACUCCCAGGUAAUCCGAGUGGACAUUUUAGAAGCGUGUUCACUAGCCGGUUCAGACCAACCACCACCACAGAAGCGCCGACGACUACCACUCAGGCUUAUGAGGAGGCCGUCGAGACCCCGGAAUACGACGAGACGUUUGUCGGACAGUACUACUACGGCCGUCGUGGAGAGGGUGGCAACAACACGUUCCCGCUGCCGUCGUGCUUCUACAAUCCCAGUGGAUACGUGUGCUGCAACCUGAUGCUCAACGAGCUCAUGACCUCUUCGUUCGAGGAAGUCCGCACCAAGACCAAUCUGUGCAACGUGCACAAGUUCUCGACGAGACUGCAGAAGCACUCCGAGAAGAUUUUCCAGACACAGUUCGAGACCAUCGUGUCUUUCCAGGACUUUUCGCAGAAGAUCCACUUCAAGAAGGACCUCGUGUGCAAGAUUGAGAUCGACGGAAGGUGAGUUGCGUGGGCUCGCGUGUUCAUGAAUAUCCGAUUUCCAUUGCAGAUUCAUUCUGGCCUACGCCACACCGGAAGACGUCGAGAAGGAGAAGAUCAUUCCGACGGUGCCGUCGAGGGAGAUCCAGAAGGAUUCGCUCGUUCUGAAGGAGGAGGUCAAAUCGAAGAUCAGAGUGAUCGAAAGGGAACUUUAA